AUGCGAUGUGCUUUGCAUUCAAGAUCUGAUGUCGUGGAGUUUGUAGCUGAUAAGUAUCCGAUUUGUCCUGCUGUACAGUCUCAGGUGCAAUCUCCACCACAAUCUGAUGUAUUAGAGCAGAUUAAUGAAAAACUUGGGUUAAUUCAGGAUAUUAGCAAAAAAGUUAAUGGUGUUAUUGAAAAGUUAGAUAACCUUAAUGAGAUCUGCAAAACUCUACGUAAGGAUUAUGAGAGCCUGGAUAAACGUGUUACUGCAGUUGAAGAUGCUUCUGCCGCUGCUUCUUCGGAAGUUCGUUCAAAUGUAGAGACUGUCAAGCAGUUGCAAGAUAUUGAAAUGCGGCAAUUAUCUUUGGAGACAAAACAGCUUUCCGAUCAUCUUAUUAUUUCGGGAAUCCCUGAGCUACCUACUGAGAACUUGAGUGGUAUUGUGAUGAAUUUAAGUAGAUACUUAGAGCUACAGGGGCUUGAUAACCAACACAUUUUGUCUGUGGAGCGACUUGGGAAGAGGAAAAUAGGUGUUGCUGCAAAUGAUUCUUCACAUUCCCGGGAUAUUCUAGUGAAGUGUCAGUCCUCGAUUAUUAUUAAUAAAUUUUUUGAGGCGAAGAAAAUACAUCGGGACAUUACAGCAGAUUUGGUAAUUCAAGGUGUUCGUAAUUUGCCAGUUUAUAUUAACAGACGUUACCCUUCUGCUCUUUACAAGUUACGUCAGAACAUUGUGAAGCAGUUCCCGAUGAUAAAUAAGAAAAAAAAUGUCUGGAUUUCGGCAGGUUCAGUAUAUUGUGUUAAUAACUACAGUUCCUCAGUUAAUUUAAAAAUUUGUCAUUUAAAUGCGCAAUCAUUAAUUCCUCACAUUGAUGAAUUUCGUGAAUAUCUUCGACCACUGGAUUUUGAUAUUAUUGCUGUUACGGAAUCGUGGCUUUCAUCAAGUGUUGUAGACGCACAAGUCUGGCUUCCAGAAUUUUAUUUGCUUCGUAAUGAUCGUAAUCGGCGUCACGGAGGAGGUGUUCUGUUGUUUAUACGAAAUACAUCAUCGUCGCGAGUUAUUCACUGCUCUUCAAAUCAGAUGGAUGGCUUUCCGGAGUAUAUUAUUGCAGAAGUGUGGUCCUCAUCGCGUGACCUAAAUAUAAAUAUGUUAACAAAUUCGUAUUUAUCUGCGCACUUAAAAGACUUCUGCAAAUCUUAUGAUUUAUAUAUUGUUCCAUUUAAUGCCACACAUCAUACGGCAACGUCUCAUACAUGGAUUGAUCACUGUAUAGUUAGUAAUAUUAAUAAUAUUGUUUCAACGUUUCAAUCUGAUGUGCCUUUUCUUUCCGGACACGAUAUUAUUAGUGUUACAUUAAAUUACAGUGUACCAAAGCAUUCUCUGAUAACAUUUCGCUGCCGUAAUUGGAAUCUCCUAAGUAAUGAGUCUAUUGUUGAAUGGCUUAAUGGUUUUUUGCUGGAGUUCAAUGGUGAAUAUCCUUCAGUUGAUGAUAGUGUAUUUCAUUUAAACAGUAAUGUAUUAAACAUUAUUGACUCUAUUGCUCUGGAACGAGUGGUUAGGGUAUCUCGCCCUCCUGCUCCUUGGAUAACUGAUGAGAUUCGUGAUUUGCAACGUCGUAGGGAUAGACUGUACAGAAUUUUCCGUAGAUCUGGUUUUGCUUACACGGAAUACUGCAAUGUACGUCGUUUGAUUAAGAAAAGGAUAAUUGAAGCUAAGAAAAACCAUCUACAAAGCCGCUUUAGAUACGCUAGGAGUCCUAAAGCCAUUUGGAAUGACUUUAGAAGACUGGGUCUCUUAAAAGAUUCAUCGAAAGCGCUUAUUUCUCCAGAUCUUGAUUUAGAUGAACUUAAUGACCAUUUUGUAUCAGUUGGUAGUCUCGGGCGCAAUGUUGCUAACUGUCAAUAUGUAUACGAUAAUGUUAGUACUACUCCAAAUCAGUUCUACUUCAGGGAAGUAACAGAGGAAGAUGUUGUGCGUAAUAUGAAGAGGAUAACUACUUCAGCGAUUGGUCCAGAUGGUCUCUCUAUGAAAUAUUAUGAAGUACUUCAGCAAUUUCUCGUACCUGAGAUUGUUAAUUUGUUCAAUUUUUCAUUGAGGACAAGUCAUUUUCCAGAACAAUGGAAGAAAUCAAUUGUGUUGCCAAUACCGAAAGUGAGAUGUCCUCAAUCUUAUGAUAAUUAUCGACCAAUUUCUCUCUUGUGUCCUUUGUCAAAAGUCUUGGAGAGCUGUGUGCAUGAUCAGAUUGUUCACCAUGUCAGAUUGAAUAAUUUACUUGAUCCACUCCAGACAGGUUUCCAAGAAGGUAUGAAUACACAAACUGCGAUUGUACGCCUAUGUGAUGACAUUCGCCUAGCAAUUGAUGGCCGUAAGGUCACUAUUGCUGUUUUCUUCGACUUCAGUAAGGCGUUUGACUGUGUCGAUCAUAUAUUGUUGUUGUCAUCGCUCAAAGAUCUUAAUUUUUCACCAGAAGUAUUUGCAUGGUUUCGUUCCUAUUUGACUAACAGAUUACAAGCUGUUCGAGGUGGAGAUUGUUUGUCUUCUUUGCUGCGUUCUGUAAGUGGCGUCCCGCAAGGAAGUGUGCUUGGCCCGCUUUUAUUUGCAUUAUUUAUCACACCUCUAGGGCUGCAAAUGGAGUGCAAACAUCUGUUUUAUGCGGACGACUUGGUCAUAUACAUUACAUGCCUAAUGUCUGAUGUGGAUGAAGCAGUGUUAAAAUUAAAUGUUGAGGUCAAUCGUAUAGUCAAGUGGUGUGAAAAUAAUUUCUUAAGAUUAAAUGCCGCAAAAACAAAUGCAAUUAUUUUUGGAAGUCCGCAACAUGUAAAUGAUCAUGCUUGUAUCAAUGCGCGGAAGAUUGUGAUUAAUAACGUAGUCAUUGAUUACACAAACAAUGUUAAAUAUCUGGGUGUUAUUUUGGACAAUAUUCUUUCGUGGCAUGAUCAAGUUAUUAUGGUGUGUAAUCGCUCGAUGCGUUGUCUGGCACGUUUAAAAAUGAACAAUGAAUUGUUCAAUUAUCAGAUACGCAGAAGAUUAGUGGCAGCAUUAAUUCUUCCGAUGUUCGACUACUGUACAGCUGCUUACACGGACAUGUCUGGUACUUUGCAGAAAAAGUUACAAAGGAAGCUUAACGCCUGCAUCAGGUUUAUAUUUCGGCUAGCAAGGCAUGAUCAUAUCACUCCUAGCAGAAGAUCACUUGGCUGGCUGACAUUGUCAGGCCGACGUGACUUUUUGAUUGCUUGCACAGUCUUUAAGAUGCUGCGGUUACAUUACGAUGGAAUAUUGAUGCACGGCUUCAGCGUAUUAACAUCAGUUCGGGUGCGAUCAGAUAGACAGACAGAUGUGCUUAGCUUACCAUAUGCUAGGACAGUAACAUAUGAUAAAUCAUUCUUGGUCACGGCAGUUAGAGUUUGGAAUCAGUUACCGGAGGAGAUUGUGCAAAUCACUGAUUACAGUGAAUUCAGAUCAAAAUGUUAUGCAUUCUUCUUAUCUAGAGACGAUAUAUAA